UUCCUGCUUCGCUUGCACGUUGCGGGAUAUGGGGUAGAGCCUCUGGUCAGCUAGCACCACCUGAGGAGCCGGAACACACCCCACGAUGGAAGAGGACCAGGAGCUGGAGAGGAAAGCAAUAGAAGAACUGCUUAAGGAAGCAAAACGUGGGAAAACGAGAGCGGAAACAAUGGGACCUAUGGGCUGGAUGAAGUGUCCUCUUGCUGGUACAAAUAAAAGAUUUCUAAUUAACACAAUUAAGAACACACUGCCCUCCCAUAAAGAGCAAGACCACGAGCAAAAAGAGGACAACAAGGAGUCUGUGAAAAGCCAGCCCCAGAAGGAGGGAAGCCCGAAGAAACACAGGACCCAUCCUUACAAGCACAGUGUCCAGGCGCGGAGCAGAGCCAGGCACUCACCUCCAAGGAAGCGGAGUAGCCAGGAGAAGUCCCACAGGCGCUCAAACAAACGAUGAGGUGGCCGUGAAGAAUAAGCAAGCCUGUGACAAGAGACUGAUGCCG